AUGAAGACCAAAUAUGAAGGGAAUGCUCGAGUAAAGCGAUCCACUCUUCAAGCUCUACGAAGAGACUUUGAGGUUCUUGAAAUGAAGAUUGGUGAAACAAUUACUAACUAUUUUGCUAGAGUGAUGACAGUGGCAAAUAAGAUGAGAGUAUAUGGGGAGAUCAUGACUGAUGUCACGAUAUGUGAAAAAAUCCUACGAUCUCUCACGGACAAAUUUAAUUAUAUAGUUUGUUCGAUUGAGGAAUCUGGGAACUUGGAUGCAAUUACCAUUGAUGAAAUUCAGAGCUCCCUCACUGUACACGAAAUUUUUUUUCACAGAAGCAACAAUGUGGAGCAAGCUCUGAAGGUGACAACUGAUGACAAAACUUGGGGCAGAGGACGUGGAAGAGGAGGACCAGCAUUCAACAAGGCUGCUGUGGAAAGCUACAAAUGUCAUAAUCUUGGACAUUUCCAAUAUGAAUGUCCGAAAUAG